CUGAACGGCUAGGGUUUUCUUCGUUUGUGGUGAACCAUUCGUAGUUUCCGCGGUCACUCCCCUCCCCCCACCCCCUCGCUACGAAGCUCCCCUCCGACGACAAUGGUUGCCGCCAAGAAGACCAAGAAGACCCAUGAGAGCAUUAACAACAGAUUGGCUCUCGUUAUGAAGAGUGGCAAAUACACUUUGGGUUACAAAACUGUCCUCAAAUCUCUCAGAACCAACAAAGGGAAGUUGAUUAUCAUUGCCAACAACUGCCCUCCUCUUAGGAAGUCGGAGAUUGAGUAUUAUGCCAUGUUGUCCAAGGUUGGAGUUCACCACUACAAUGGAAACAAUGUAGACUUGGGCACCGCAUGCGGCAAAUAUUUCAGAGUGUGCUGCCUCAGCAUUAUUGAACCUGGUGACUCUGAUAUUAUUAAGAGCCUGCCCGGUGAUAACUAAUCUACGGAGGAUUGUCCUAGGUUUUGUUCCGAUUUAGUUUCUAUUUUUGGGGUAUUGGGAAACAUUGAUGUCAAAAGAGAGCUUGUUCUGAAAUUCAGAACUUUCUUUGUAGCCCAUCUGGAUGUUUAAUGUGGGACGGUGAUGUUAUUGUCCCAUGUACUGGGGAUUUUGUGAGUGCAUUUCCUUUAAGAUCAUUACUUUUUACUCUAUUUUCUGGUUCUUCUAUUCUGCAUCUGGAUGUUGGAUCUAUCUUUCCAUCAAUUUACUCAUUUGUUCUGUAGGUAAUGGCAACUUGUUUCUGCCAUUGCCAACAGAAGGGUUUCUGAAGA